UGGACCUAUUCACAGCGUCUGGAAUACGAGCUCCAGGCUAUAUUUUUUUCAGAGUUUUAAUAAAAGUGAGAAAGUUUAAAAAAAAAGUGUAAGCUCGUAAAUUAUGGCAAAUCGUUCUAACUACGACAACGGAAAAGGAAAUCGUGAGUAUCGUGAUAACCGUGAGCAACGUGAACCUCGAGAAAUACGCGAGCCUCGAGAGCAUCGUGAUAAUCGUGAGACCCGUGAGGCACGAGACCCCCGUGAACAGAGAAAUAUUCGUGAUCAGCGUGGCAAUCGUGAUCAGCGCGACCAUUACGAGGCCUCCGAGUUUCGUGACCAACGUGACUUUCGUAAUCGCGACCGCGAUCGGAAUGUACCCACAGAUCCUCCAUAUAUUGCCUACGUUGGGAAUUUACCCAAAGGCCUCGUUCAAGGCGAUGUUAUGAAAAUAUUCUCCGAUUUCGAUGUCAAGAACGUUCGUUUAAUCAAGGAUCGUGAGACAGACGAGUUCAAGGGCUAUGGAUAUGUGGAGUUUGAGACUCUGGUACAACUAAAGCGCGCACUCUCAUGUAAUGGACGCAUAAAAUUGGACAACUUCUCGGCGCCUCUGCGCAUAGACAUUGCCGAUCAUCGCCGGCAGGGAAAUAGCGGUGGCUACGGUGGUGGCGGUGGUAAUUUUAACAACAACAACAACAGCUUCUUCCAGCGUCGUGGCUUCCGACGCAAUGAAAGCAAUGGAACCCAAAACGUAUUUUCUCCGCCGGCUGGCUCACGUAGUCAGAGCAGUAUCCAUUUUUCCAACAUUGCCGGCAGCCCGACUACCAGCUCCAUGUCAAUGGGACGCAUGCGUCCACGCAACAACUUCAACAACAAUCGUGGCGGUCGCAACAACCACAACAACGGCAAUGUCUAUCAAUACAAUGAUGCACAGCGCAUGCGCGGCAGCAGCGAGAAUGCCAGCAUGCGUAGUGGAGGCCUACACCGGAAUAUGGAUCGUCGGCGCAGCGCUAGCCCCGGAGCAUCGAACAACGAAUUGGAUGAUAUGCCCAGCAGCAGUCAAACGGGAGGAGGCAAUUAUAACCGCCCACGUCCGCAUUUCAACAACUUUCAGAGCUACAAUAAUAAUAAUCGCUAUAGCCACAGCAAUGGCUCCCGUAAUUCGGAAAGUCAGCAACGCAUGCGCGCCUACGGCAGUAACUAUACCAAUUUUGUCCAGAAUCGUACUCGGGAUCGUCGCGGUCACUAUAAUCCCAACAGUGCCUAUAACAAUCCGAACAACGAACCGGCAAUCACCAAUAACAAUAUAGGCAAUAAUAACUCGGCUAGUUCAGCUCCAGGUGCAAGGACCAAUAUCGGCACCACUGACAAUGAUGAUCGUCCGAAAUUGGUUCUCAAACCGAGAACGGUGAGCGAGCCCAUUAAUGCUUUGGCCGAGACCAAGCAGGCGGCCAGUAUUUUUGGUAAGGCCAAGCCCCGUGACGAGCAACUAGUGCAGCCAAAAUCGCCAGUGACGUCACUGCGCAAGGAAGGCAGCAGCAAGGGAGAUAGCAGCGACUAACAUUAACACUUUCAUGGAGUUGGAACGUAUUUCCCCCCAAACAACGAAAGAGCGAAAAUUACUUAAUCACUAUAUGGACGAAAAGAGCAAUAGAAGCAACAGUAACGGCAACAGCAGGAGCGGUAUUCACACUACAUAUGUAUAUAUAUUUUGAUAUAACCUACAUUGAAGCAACACAAAUUUCUAAGUUGAUCAAAUUGAUGGUUUUCCUGUCAACACACGUUAAAUAAAUAAAAUUCAGGACAUAUUGCAUUUUUA